AUGAUUAUAAAUGGAAGCUAUUUGAACAGUUCUUCGCAGGACCUUAACGAGCAAACUCUGAAUAGACCUCCGUGGGUCACUACAACUUUGGGCUGCUUCUUGAUAUUCACGAUAGUGGUUGAUAUCCUGGGGAACCUUUUGGUGAUUUUCUCGGUCUACAGAAACAAGAAGCUGAGGAACGCAGGUAACAUCUUUGUGGUGAGCCUGGCCGUGGCGGACCUGGUGGUGGCCAUCUACCCCUACCCUCUGGUGCUGACCUCCAUCUUCCACAACGGAUGGAACCUGGGCUACAUGCACUGCCAGAUCAGCGGCUUCCUGAUGGGCGUCAGCGUGAUCGGCUCCAUCUUCAACAUCACGGGCAUCGCCAUCAACCGCUACUGCUACAUCUGCCACAGCCUCAAGUACGACAAGCUGUACAGCGACAAGAACUCCGUGUGCUACGUGCUGCUCAUCUGGGCGCUGACGGUGGUGGCCAUCGUGCCCAACCUGUUCGUGGGCUCGCUGCAGUACGACCCGCGCGUCUACUCCUGCACCUUCGAGCAGUCGGCCAGCUCGGCGUACACCAUCGCCGUGGUCUUCUUCCACUUCAUCCUGCCCAUCAUGAUCGUCACCUACUGCUACCUGCGCAUCUGGAUCCUGGUCAUCCAGGUGCGGCGGCGCGUCAAGCCCGACAACCGGCCCAAGCUGACGCCGCACGACGUGCGGAACUUCAUCACCAUGUUCGUGGUGUUCGUACUGUUCGCCGUCUGCUGGGCGCCGCUCAACUUCAUCGGCCUGGCGGUGGCCAUCGACCCGGUCACUGUGGUGCCGCUCAUUCCCGAGUGGCUCUUCGUCGCCAGCUACUUCAUGGCCUACUUCAACAGCUGCCUUAACGCCAUCGUCUACGGCGUGCUCAACCAGAAUUUCCGGCGCGAGUACAAGCGCAUCGUGGUGUCGGUGUGCACGGCGCGCAUCUUCUUCCAGGACAGCUCCAACGACGCGGCCGAGAGACUCAAGAGCAAACCCUCGCCCCUCAUGACCAACAACAACCAGGUCAAAGUGGACUCGGUCUGAGGGGCGGACCAGAGAGGGGACUCAACGGGGAGAACUAAACGGACCACGGGGCUGGGGAGAGUUAAGAGAAAAUAACAAGUGCAGUACGGACAAAAGAUGGUUCAUCAAGAUACAAGAAAACAAAAAUA